AUGGGCGAGAAAGAAGGUCCACUGAUAUCAAACAUAUUGAAUGGCUACAGGCGACGUGGUACAGGCAAUGUAAAUCAACAGUCCUCAAAACAGGAUGAUGAUCUUGCAAUUGAUCCGGCUUUACUUGAAGAAGUUGAAGAAGUACCGUCGUCACCAUUACGUGAACUUGAGGAACCAAUAAACGUAUCAUCUCAGACUCAAGCAUUAACAGAGAAUAAUGUGAAAAAGAGGGUAAAUCUGAAGAGUCUACUGUCUGGAUACACUAAGAAAUCCAAACCUGAUUCCAAACAGAAGCAGGCUAAUAAGAAAGAUAUUAUACUGCUUGAUGAAUCGCCAGUAAAAGUUGACUCAGCAAACCGAUUUGAUGCUUCUCAUAUAACAUCAGAUGGCCUACAGGCUGCUAAAAACUCUAACAUUGCAUCGUUUUUGAACAUGGAAAGAAGUACUGUUCAAAGACAAAACAAGAUUUCUAAGGAACAGGUACUUCAUGCACCUCUUCCACACAUUCAGCAUACCCCGCAUUACAUUUUGGGAAAACAAAACUCUAUUUCACUGCACAAAAAGGUAGUUAAGCCUUUGGAUUUGAGUUUCAAUGCAUCGGAGUAUUCAUUCCUAGUUAAUUCUGAUAAACCCGAUGGCUCAAAAGAAGCAUUGAACAUUAACGACCGCAUUUCUUAUUCCGAUGAUACAACCAAUACCCAAUUAUGGACCUCACUUUUCAAGCCUACAUCUAUAGAAGAUGUUCUUAUAGAUUCUGAUACCAAAUCAAGCGUAAGAGAAUGGUUUAAAGACGCAUUCGACCUAUUGAAUAGGAAAACUGACAGAUCAGCCCUUUACAAUCGCAAGGUUGAUGGUGAUCUGGACAACUUCAUAGUAGAUGAUUCUUUUCUCGGAUCAGGAGAUGACACUAGUGUGAAACAAUUUGUCCCAUUAAUUAUUUUAUACGGAGGGAUAGGUAAGAACACCUUGAUAGAUGUCUUAAUGGAUGAACAAGAUGCCCAUAUCUUUGAGAUUAAUUGCUCCAUGAACAGAGCCAAGAGAGAUAUUUCAGAUAUGCUGCACGAUUUUGCAACCACGAAAUAUGUGAAAGACACCCAAUCCAAGGGAAUCAUUCUCUUCGAUGAUGUUGAUGUACUACUCACUGAAUCAGAUAAAUUUUUCUGGAAUUCUGUGCAUGCCACGUUGAUAGUCUCUAGAAGACCUGUAGUUAUCACCUGCGGCGAUUACAGGUUUAUCCCAUCUAACCUACUUGAGGUUGCAGAGGAGCAGCACUCUAUAUUUAACAUCAAAAGCGCCCCAAAGCAGCAAAUAAUGGAGUAUACGUCAAGAUGCUUGGAACAGAAAGGAAUUGAAAUCAAUAAAAAUUUGUUGAAUAUAAUUUUGCAAAGGAACAACUACCAUAUCCGUAAGUGUUUGAUGGAUUUACAAUGGGUUUGCACCAAACCUGGGGUAGUUCCAAUUAAAGAUUCACAUUUUCCAAGAAACCAAAAUGAUAACACAGAAAAUAUUAAAGAUGCAUGGCUAAAACUGGAUUUCUCAUCAAGUUACGACGUCAUACAAAAUUGUAUCGAAGGCAAAUCAUUUGUGAAAGAUGAUAUAGAUCUCACAUUAAACUACGCAAAGCAUCAAAUUUCUAAUGAUGAAGAAACUUCCUAUGACGUUGUGUGGGACUAUGUGGAGCACCUUUGGGAUAUAAAUCAUAACACUCUAUUCCCAUGGGAAAAACAGAUGCAAUCAUUAAUGGAAGAAAAAUGCAAACAGUUUUUACGUUUUAAUGAUAACGAAGACGUCAAUGUUGUCGCCCAUGAUAAGGUUAGUAUUUGCGUUAAUGAGAUGAUAAAAUACCUCAAGACUAGAGUCAAUAACUCACCUCAAGGAAAUGUUCUGACAAUGCUUGGAAACACUCGUAGCUCCAGAAGGAAGACUGGCGUUUUAAAAGACUAUCGCCUUAAAUCAGAAGACAACAGCGAUGCAUUUGAACUAGAUUUUAUUAACAAUUUGGCACUCGAAUUUUCAGCAACACACAAAUUAAAAGACAUUUCCAGAUGGUAUUUACCGUUCAUGUCUCGAAUUGCUGAGAGUGAAACAGAAAUCAAAAACAAAAACGUCUCCUUAUUCCAAAGAUAUAGAGAACAUUAUGGUCCUGAGUACAAUGCCAACGACAUAAUACAGGAAAUGGUGGAUAAGAGGCUCAUACUGGCGGCUUUUUUCAGGGGAUCACCCCAGGGAUUCCUUCAUGCAUACAAGUGA